AUGUCGGCGGCAGACGCGAGUCUCGACGAGCUCGAGGCGCGACUUGUGACGUUCACCGAGCAGCUGCAGAACAUCCAGGAGCUGCUGCAGAGCGAUGCGACGAAUGCAGAGUUUCUGAGCAUCGCCAAAGACCUCGUCGAGGUCAUUGAGCUCACGAAAGAGACGAUUGACAUCAAGGUGAAAAACGAGACCAAAAAGGCGUCAUCCGUCCAAGUGAUAGCGCCACAAGCGGUCCAGGAACGUCGUCAAGAGCCGCCACAGCUCGAGAUCGAGUUUGAGCCAAACACAGCGGUGGAAGCGCUGCAGCAAGGCGUGUGGUAUCCAGCACACGUGGAGUCAGUAACAAGCGACGGACACUACAACGUCACGUUUUUCAGUUUCGGUACGUCCGCGGUGCUUCAGCAGGACGAGAUGAGAGGCAUUGACGUUGAUGCAGUAGAGGCGGCACAGCUACCAGCUAAGGAAGUGAUCACCGAGGGGUUUAAAUGUCGAGCGAAGUACUAUGCUGACGCGGUGGUAUAUUCGUGCUCGGUCACGAAAGUCACGCCGUUAGGCUUCCAGGUGCUAUUCGACGGCUAUGGCAACUCGGAAGAAGUGCCGUAUGAGUAUCUGAGACCUGCACUCGAUUCGUCAGAGACGGUAGUAGACGGUGCGACUGCUCAGACGUGUACCUCGGAUCCAGUUGAUGGCGCUGCUGCCGCGCUAGCACCGAAAGUGACACCUGUGGUAAUUCACAAGCCCAUCAAAAUUCCCGAGAACUUGCAGAUCUUGCCUUCCGACUCCGAGGCCGAGAAGGAGCGCAAGCGCAAACGCUUGCGUGCGAUCAAGAGCUUGAAUCGACACAAGAACAUCGACAAUGAGCGCAACCUCAAGCAGCACGACUGGAAGGCGUUCCAGCACAAGGCCAAAAAGAAGGGCAUAAAGAAAGGGGUCAGCGGGGUGCUGUCCAAACGAGGCUCGAGUAUGUUUGCCUCUCCGCAAACGGUGGAAGGCCGCGUGGGUGUGAUGGGUAGCGGUCAGGGCAUGACGAACUUUCCAGAUGCGAGGAACAAGAAGCCUAAGCACACGUAG